AAUGAAAAGAAAAAUCAAAUGAAAAUGGAAGAGUUGAUGCCUUAUUGUUCAAGAAACUAUUUUUCCUUUCCUGUUUUUAAUGCUUCUUUUUCAAUGUUUUUUUUUAAAUAACUGUAAAAGAGAAGCACUGAUACAAAAAGCUCAAUUCCUUCCUACUUUUCUCACUCAUUCAUUACUUCUUCUACUCAAUUUGCCUUCUCGCUUUCUCUCUCGCGCACAGUCUCUCUUUAGCAACUCCAGAUGUCUAUCUUCGAGUACAAUGGGAGUGCCACAGUGGCAAUGGUUGGGAAAAACUGCAUCGCUAUCGGCAGCGAUCGAAGAUUAGGGGUUCAGCUUCAAACAAUUGCCACCGAUUUCCAGCGUAUUUUCCAAAUUCACGAUCGCCUCUUCAUCGGUCUCUCCGGUCUCGGCUCCGAUGCUCAAACUUUGUACCAGAGGCUUGUGUUUCGGCACAAAUUGUAUCAGCUGAGGGAGGAGAGAGACAUGAAGCCUGAAACUUUUGCUAACCUUGUCUCUGCCAUUUUGUACGAGAAAAGGUUUGGCCCAUACUUCUGUCAGCCAGUGAUUGCUGGAUUAGGUGAUGAUAACAAGCCAUUCAUCUGCACUAUGGAUUCCAUUGGAGCCAAAGAGCUUGCUAAAGAUUUUGUUGUUGCCGGGACUGCAUCAGAAUCUCUUUAUGGUGCUUGUGAAUCCAUGUACAAGCCUGACAUGGAACCUGAAGAAUUGUUCGAGACCGUCUCCCAGGCUUUGCAGGCAUCAGUCGACCGGGACUGUUUGAGUGGUUGGGGAGGGCAUGUCUAUAUUGUCACCCCAACAGAGAUUAAGGAGCACAUCUUGAAGGGCAGGAUGGAUUAGAAUUUCUCUGGAGGGCUUAUCUUUUGCUAUAUCCUGAUGUCUUUGUCUCUUGAACGCUGUAGUUAGACUUGUUUCCAUGGGAGUUGAGAUUGAUAGGUUGUGGAGUUUAGCCUAUGUUAAUUCCAAAUUCUAGUGCAUUUACUGAACAAUCUUGUUGGGAUAUUUCCAGACUUUGUUCCAGUUAUCAUAUUCUGAGUUUUCUCGUA